GGUUUCUAGGGUGGAUCACGAAAUGACGUCUCUCUCCAGAUUUCAGUUAAAUCACAGCGACUCCGCUGCCAGAGGUACACGCGUCUUCCAACAAGAGAGCAGCUAGAACCUUCUGUGGCCUGAAGACUGAAACAUAUUGGGAGAGUCGUCUCCUAACCGACAUUAAGCCAAAGUAUAUUAAACACACAGAGUAAUGGACGAAAAGGCGUUUACGAAAGAGCUCGAUCUGUGGAUCGAGCAGCUCAACGAAUGCAAGCAGCUAUCGGAGGGACAAGUGAAAUCACUAUGUGAAAAGGCGAAGGAGAUCCUCACCAAGGAGUCAAACGUGCAGGAGGUGAGGUGUCCGGUGACUGUGUGCGGCGACGUGCACGGCCAGUUCCACGACCUCAUGGAGCUGUUCAAGAUCGGAGGGAAGUCUCCCGACACAAACUAUUUGUUCAUGGGAGACUACGUAGACAGAGGCUACUACUCCGUGGAAACAGUCUCUUUACUAGUAUCCCUGAAGGUACGAUACCAGGAGCGCAUCACGAUCCUCAGAGGGAACCACGAGAGCCGACAAAUCACGCAGGUUUACGGCUUCUACGACGAGUGCCUCAGGAAAUACGGCAACGCCAACGUUUGGAAGUACUUCACAGACCUGUUUGACUAUCUCCCCCUCACCGCCCUGGUAGACUCUCAGAUUUUCUGCCUUCACGGAGGCCUGUCUCCAUCCAUAGAUACUCUGGAUCACAUCAGAGCGCUGGACCGUUUACAGGAAGUGCCACAUGAGGGUCCCAUGUGUGACCUGCUGUGGUCCGACCCCGACGACCGCGGUGGCUGGGGCAUCUCCCCUCGAGGGGCAGGCUACACGUUCGGUCAGGACAUCUCGGAGACCUUCAACCACGCCAACCGCCUCACGCUGGUGUCCCGGGCCCACCAGCUGGUUAUGGAGGGUUACAACUGGUGCCAUGAGAGGAAUGUGGUGACGAUAUUUAGUGCUCCCAACUACUGCUACCGCUGUGGCAACCAGGCAGCUAUCAUGGAACUAGACGACACCCUCAAAUACUCGUUUUUGCAGUUCGACCCUGCGCCUCGCAGAGGGGAGCCCCACGUCACUCGCCGCACCCCGGAUUACUUCCUGUAAAUUCUGACCUUCUGUCGGGGGCGGAGCUACAAAGCAGUGCACAUUGUAUAUCCACACAAAGACCUAUUUAAGCAUUUAGCAAAAUAAAAACAAUGGACCAAAAGGUGCGUGCCAUUAUUACUACAAUAUUCAUUGCCGAGUACUUGUAUUGGGGAAACCUCCCCCGCUAUUUAAAGCAGCAGUGAAGUUUAAAUUCUUCAUGCUGUAGCUGGACUCAUGGCACUGAGGUCCAAGACGAAAUGUACCUGUUUGAACCCCACACGCCACGGCUUGUAUCUGUUUGCACUUUUGUAAAUCUAAACAAAUGUAACAUAUGUCAAAAGAUGGAAAUGAUUUCACACUACAGAUGUUUUUUUGAUUUUUUUUUUUUUUUUUUUUUGAUUGCUUUAAAAAUGAUGAAUAAAGCCCCAUCAGGCAAAGUGUUUCUUUGUCCUGUGUGAGGAAAGCCCAGCUUGAUGUACAUAAGAGAGAUGAUAGAGUGUUUAUUCACAUCAGCUCACUGACUCCCUCUGAACUACAGAGUCUGUGUUAACCAACCAUUUGAAUAAUAAAGACAAAGGUGGCUCCUUGA